ACACAAUCAUCAACUCAAUCUCACAACAACUCACAUCCAAUCUCACUCAACUCAACAACACAACAUCUCACACAACUCAUCACUCAACACUCACACAACUCACAACAAUCUCACUCACAACUCAAUCAACUCACUAAUCUCACAAACUCCACCACCUCCAUCACCACCUCACCUCCACACUCAAAC